AUGGCUGUUACUGCGUCAAUGAGCGCAAUCGACGCGCUCGAUCUGAUCCGAAACACCAUCAGACAAUCAGCUAACCCGUCGGAGCCUCUUGCUUCAAUUCAGCUAUUCGAUGACCAGUCCUCACCCGUCGCUUCGAUACUCCAAGCGUCUACGCUCAAAAUUGACAAUGUUUCGCUCAGCAAGUCCACCACGACGAGACUGGCGCGCUCCAGAGACGAACUGGCAACUCGCCUUUCUUCCGGCCAUCUCCCGCAUCCGGACACAGAGCCUUCGUUCUUCUACGAUGUCGAAGCAGUCAUGCUCGCUCUGCAAACACGCGAAGAACGUCCAGGUGCCUACCUUGCACAGGCAGCUACAGCCAAAGUAGCCUCAUUCCCUACAUUAGACAGAGCUGCGAUCCUCGAUUAUCUGCUGGGCAAGCGUGAUGAUUGGGCGGGCGUGUUGAAAGCGGCCGACGUCUCUGCAACAGCUUCGGCUGACACUGGCGCAUCUGCUUUCGCCUCGACAAGCAACGUAGCUCGUUCGGCUACAGACGCACAGGGCGUAAAGCGUCGCUACAAGGUGGAUCCUAAGGAUGUCGAGUACGUCAAGCGUGUCAGAGCGCAGUACGAGGUCGUGUUGCGGACCAGGAACGAUGCGCUUCGCGGCAAUGUGGCCGGCCUUACGGGAGGCGCAGCCGCUUCGCGCGCUACAGCGUCCAAGGUGACCGAUUUUGAAAGCUUUCGUCGCGCGUUUUCGGCCAAAGUGGAAGCAGCGAGGAGAGCAGCAGGCAAAGGAGCGCCACCAGGUAGCGCGCAACCAGCACCGAGACCGGGUGUCUCUGCAAGUGGACAGGUGCGCAAGCAGCGUGCGCAGGAUCCUAUCGUCGUUCUCUCGAGCUCGCCUACCAGUCUACUCAACAUGUUCAACAUCAAGCAAUUUUUGGAAGAAGGAAUCUUUGUGCCGCCAGAAGAAGCGCGGCAAAGAGCUCGCGGUGUAGCCGACCUCGUAGUCUCGAUCACCAGUCGCGGCGGCAAUGGAACUCAAGGCGGCUCUAGUGUCGGUAUCGGACGCCGGAUCUUGGUGGUAGACAGCGCCGAGGCGGUGACGCGUCUGGGUGGAUCGAGCGCCUCGGCACCAGGUGCCGACCCAUGGAACCGUGUUGUUGCCGUCUUUACAACAGGUCAAGCGUGGCAGUUCAAGACGUACAAGUGGAAUGAACCCAGAGAAUUGUUCAAGAAUGUCAUGGGAGUCUAUGUGCGCUGGCACAAUGAACCUCAGAACCCCAAUAUUCGCGAUUGGAACGUGGUCGAAGUGCAGGUUGACCGUACCAAGAGGCAUACCGAUAAACAGGCGGUCAGCCACUUUUGGCGUCAACUCGAGUCCUGGACCCAACGACGCAAGCCGCACCUGAUUGCGUAA